AUGAAAAGAAGGUUCCACAAAUGCGCAGACUAUUUAGUAGUCAAUCAGUCAGCUGAACCGGGUUCAAUUGCAAGAAAAGUCGAUUUAGAUCUGGCGGAAAUUGCAUUAACGCCAACAAUGGAACGAACUAAAUCGCCUCAAACUCAAUCCCUCAGCAACCAUUACAGCAACAACAGCCAACAACAACAACAAAACAGUAAUUAUAACAACAACAACAACAACAAUUAUUACCAUCAUCAGCAGCAACAACAACUGCAACAGCCACAUCAACAACAACAAACUAGACAGCAGCAGUAUUCUUAUUAUUACACUCCGAGAGAUGAUGAUGAGGAGGAGGAGGAGGAGGAGGAAGAUGAUGAAGCCGAGAGUAAUAGAGCUGUAUACAGCAGAUCGAACCGUCAUAAACAACAACAACACAAUUUUGUUGACGAGCGUUUGAAGGGUAAUUCGCCUAAAACCCAACAGCAACAUCAACAACAAAAACAUUUACAUCAUCAACAACAACAUCAGCAGCUGUAUUCUAAUUCGCCUAACACAACAACGACUACUGCUACAACUUUGGUCACUUUUAACCGAAUUAAACCACAACGUUCAUCUUAUGACGAACAUCAACAACAACAACAACAACAACAUCAACUACAACAUCAACUACAACAACAUCAACUACAACAACAACACAAAUAUUCAUCUCUACCUCAACACCAUUCAAACUACUACCAGCAACAACAACGAGUGAAACCGCAGCAGCAACAACAGCGGCAACAUUCGCCCUUGUUGUCAACGUUGCAGCAACAAAAACAUCAACAACAACAACAUCAAAAACAUCAACAACAACAACAACGACAAUUUUCUCCAACGAUAACGUUUCAUCAGAGACAACGACUACGGGAUUAUUCUCCGGAUCCAGAAAUGCAUCAACAUCAACAACAACAUCAUCAACAACAACAACAAAAUUACUCUCAAUAUCGGCAAAACGUUCAACAACAGCACCAACAUCAACAACAACAACAUCGCCAUUCACCCCAUCUAGCGCAACAAAAUCAGCAACAGCAGCAGCAGCAACAACAGCAACAACAAUAUCCCGAUCUGUUAAUCGUAUUCGACUUUUUCACGGACAACCCGCAAAAUGUUUUACCUGUUGAGGAGGGAGGGAGAACCCUGGAGUGCCCCUACUACGACCCCUACUGGGAAAGUAUUAGAAAAAUGCAGCUUAGUGAGGAUUUUUUGGAAGGUGUAUUACUGAGGAGCGUGGAUUGCAAACCUCGUUUCCCAUACGUUCAUUACAUCGUAUGCAAAGACACCAACAAGCAACAACAACAACAACAACAUCAGCAGCAGCAACAACAACAACCACAACGACAUUCAACAACUUCAUCGACACCUCAGUGGCAGUUCUCAGCCACCACAACGGCCACAUCCACUCCAGCAGCAGCUACAACGACUACAGCUGUCGACAAAUUUGGAUGUAGUAGUAGUGGUGGUGGUGGUGGUAGUAGGAGAAGAUCUUAUGAAAUGGUUAAAGAGACGAACACAUCUGCUACUGCUGCUGCUUAUUCUGGUGUGAAGGCUAAUGAUCCUGGCUACAACUUUCUAAAAUGUGGAGGCUGCUACAAAGAACUUCACACGUUCGUGCGGCGGGACGUCUCACUGCUACCGAAACGACCCUCCAACCCGAACACGGCCUACAUCCUGAGCGCUUUCAUGACCUCAGGAGGCUCCCUCGACAACCUGGACAAGUCGUGGAGCUAUUGGAGCGGUGCCGACUACAUUGUUGAAAACAUUCCAACCUGCUUGAAACUCGAGCGGAUAACUUUUCAUAAGAUCGGUGGUUUCAGCAGCGGCAACUUCGGCGUCGGGAACGCUGUCGUUUCGAACGAAGUUAACAAAUUUUCAAGCUACAACGGCGACCGCAACAAGCGAUACUUAAACAACAGCAGCCACAACACAGCCAGCAGCCACAACACAGCCAGCAGCCACAACACAGCCAGCAGCCACAACACAGCCAGCAGCCACAACACAGCCACCAGCCACUUGUGGAGCGCCGGGCCGACCGUCUCUACCACCACCAGGUCCAACAAAUCGCCAAAAACAUUUCGCGACACGAAGGACCAGCAACGAAAUUUUAAACAACACGACGGCGACGAUGCGGAUGAUUAUGAUAAUGAUCCAGGUCCAGGCGGGGGUCGUACGAGUGGAUUUUGUGGAGAUGGCUUCACAAACUGGCCACCAACAACGUCAACAGCGUCGGCAGCCACCGCCACAACCACCACUUCACAGAACUGCGUUCACCCUUCAACUACUCCGACGACUUCUACGACUUUAACGCUGGAAAACAGUUUCUACCAACAACGACACUCUAACAACACCAGCUUCAGCAACAAAAAUCUCUACAACAACAGCAGCAGCAACAACAGCAACCUUAACAACAACGUCAUUUCCGCCAGAGAAAGUAGCGGCGGCAGCAGCAACAGCAGCGUUUUUUCGUACGUCCUGCUUUGCGAGUUGGGUGAGGCUCUGACGGACAUCAAUAAGGCUAGGGAGUUCAUCGACCACCUAAAAUUUAGGCAGUGUGGAGUUAGCUCUCUAUAUGUUAUUGAUCAUUUUUUCUAG